GAUCCUCGCGGCUUGCUUCUGGGGAGCGCGGCUUCCGAGGGCGAGGCGGCAGAUGGCGAGGCACCCUUCUGGGAGUUGCCGGGUCCUGGAAUCCGGCCCCGGCACGCCCGCCUGGCACACGGCAGGGGCGGUUGGUAUGUGGAGGUGUUUCCUGAUGCUGAGAUCCUGGUGGAUGGCCAGCGAGCUGACGCAGAGCAAAGAUCUCUGCUGCUGAAGCACGGGAGUUUGCUGCGGCUGGGCGCACUGGCCGAGCUCCGGGUGGACCUACCCGAGACGCCCGACUCCUUCCGCCCAG